AUGAGUAGCCGUAAGAAUGACGAACACGAGGGAUUAUUUGACGAGGAAGACUCUGACGAGCAGGGCGGUCCCAGUGCUUCGCAACCCCCCAGAAAGCGUAAGAAGCUUGACCGGUCCUCCAUGAUUGAUGACGCCGCCGAGGAAUCCGGCGAAGAUGACGACGACGACGAUGAGGAAGACGACGACGAUGAUGACAACAACGAUUACGUUAAGGACGGAUUCGUCGUCGACGAGGAAGAGGAAAAAAUAAAAAAAGACGAUCUCGAAGACUCGGAGGACGACGACGACGAUGAUGACGAUGAAGACCACGGUGAGAGCAGCGCGAAGAAACGUCGUCUCAAAAAAGUCCGUAAAAUGGGACUCAUGGACCGUCUGGACGAUGACGAUUUGGCACUGGUCCAGGAAGCUACAGCUGCGGGUCGUCGGGAUCACCCCCAAACGGACGACAUUGAUUCGGAUGAAGAACGAGCUGCCGCUGAGCGUCGCCGAGUUGUGGCCAAGACCGAAGCCGAAUUGCGUAAAGGCUUGUUCGAUGAUGAUGAUGAGGAUGACGCUGACGAUAAUAAUCAAGCUGCCGCCGAGUCGACCGUGCAACGCAAAAAGGCUCCGGCACGUGUUGAACGCUACGAUGAAGACGGAAUGGACGAUUUCAUUGACGAUGACAUUGGUGAUCAGGGUCAAAUCAUGGCUUCGGAACGCCGAGGCUACGACGAUGGGGAUACAAACGCAAUCAGUGAAGCACAGCUAAACGAAGCAUCGGAGAUUUUUGGGACGGAUUACCUGGAGUUUAUGCAAGAAGAUAACGCCCUCGAUGACGAAGAAGCGGAGCUCAUGGGUGGGAGAGACAAGUACCGUGAGCGUGGUGUCGAUAUGGGUAUAGGCUCGGACGAAGAUCUCAUAUCGGAAGAAGAUGACGACGACGAUCUCUUCGCUGAAGAUGAAGACGAAGAAAUUGACAGCUCCACUUCAGCGCAACAACGCGCUGAAGCCUUACGUCUAAAGCGCGAAAAGCGCCAGCUCGCCAAAGCGGAACGUCGUCGGCAAGCUCUUCAAAAAAAGACGGAACGUCGUAAAGCCCAGUUGCGUCGAGCCUUUGAACCGGUACAACUAGUGGAAAACUUCUGCACUGAGCGUGACGAUGACAUUCGUCAAAAAGAUAUUCCCGAACGCUUUUAUGAUUGGAAUGUUCCAUUUUACGGCUCGGAGGUAGACGGGAUGAAUGAAGAAGAAGAAAUUCAGGCAAAGUGGAUUGCUGACCGUAUUCCAGCUGUAUCGUCAGAAUACGCAUUGCUUAGUGAAGACGAACAAAAGGUUGUACUUCAGUCUAUUUCAAACGCUUUGCGUUUCAUGCAUCGCGACAAAUUAGAGCCGGUUUUUAUCAAGCACUAUCGCAAGGAUUACGUUGUUUCGACUUCGGUGCGAGGCAAUUUGUACGCUAUUAUGGACGAAGAGGUCGAAUGGGAUCGCGUCGUUAAUGCACGCGGGAAGGUGGAAGAGCUGCUGGUGUCUAUAACGACAGCCGCGGACGAGAACACUUUAGCACGAGCGGAUGUAGAAAGAAUGGAAGCUCUCCAACAUGAAAUGUCUUCAGCCCAAGAAAAACUCGAGGAGGCGGCGAGGCAAGAGACGACUGUCAAGGUCGAAUUGGAAGCAGUAGGAGGCGACGACGACGAUGAUUCGGAUGACGAACUGUUUGGAGACGAUGAUGAUAAGGAAGAGGAGAAGAAAAAAGAACGAGACCGUUUGACAGCUCAUUUGUCGACCAUUCAGUCUCUAUUAGAAGCUCGAGCAGAUAGGGUCGCUCAGCUGCAGUCCCAGAUAAAGAUUGCCGAAGCACAAAAUCAGGCAUUGAGUGACCGCGGUCCUAUUGAGCGCAUUGCAAAGAAAACUCAUAGGGAAGUCUUAUGGAAUCAACAUGACUUGUCGUCGUAUUUAUCGGAGCUCGUCGAUGUAAAGCAUAUUCUGGACGUAAAUGGCUAUUUGAAUUUGCUCAAAGAAGGAAACGACGCUAUCCGGAAGAAGGAGAUGCCACUUUUGGACGCCGUCGAUGACAAUGGCGGCGGAAAUCGCAAACGUAGCCGCCGCUUUGAUCGUGACUUUUACCGCACGUGCGUUGCGGAGGGGCUCCGUUCCAUUUGCUACAGGUUCUUGCUUGCUCCGAAUCGUGUUGGAAUCAAGCUGCAAGACAACAUCACGAGUGGUAUAUUCGAUUUCUCAAAAAUUUUGCCCGGCGAGGAAAAUACAGAAGGAGCUGGGGAUCCUCUCAAAUGGGUCGCACCCGUAAUUGAAAACGAUCCUUCAUCAUUUGCCAGUGAAUUGAUAGGAAGUGGGGAACUUGUCUUGCUCUCAUCGACAGGCGGAGGCGCAACAGAUGAUGCGGAAGCAAAGGACCCAUUGCGGGGGUGUAGAUAUGUCGCCGCGAUGGAAUUGGCCUACGAACCUCGCAUUCGUAUGGUUCUUCGUAAUCUGUUCCGAAUGCAUGCUGUUAUCACAACAAAGCCGACGAAGAAAGGUAUAGAUGAGAUCGAUUCCUUCCAUGAUUUCUUUGGGCUUCAUCUUAUCCGUAACAAACCAGUGAAGGACCAUUUCCCACUCGAUAAAGUGGAGAGCAGCAUACGGAAAGCGGAUUUGGGAGAAGAGGAGCGGCGUGAGCUCGACUUGGAAAUGCAGAAACGCGAAUAUGACAGCUGCCUUCAGUAUUUAAACAUACUGAAAGCGGAAGAAAGCGGUGACAUAACUUCUCACGUCCAUCUUCCCCUGCUUGAGCAUCUAGAUGAUUGGUACAAAAUUGAUACGGAUCAGCUUUUAGGUCGCGACAACCAAGACGAUUCUCCACUAUAUAACGAACUUGAGAAGGUGUACUUACCACCAGAUGUUGAUACUGAUCAAUGGAAUGGAGAGCGUUGUAAGGUUCUCCGGUUUGCCUUAAACACUUUUCUACUUCCACAAUUUGAAGCCGAGCUUCGUCGUGACCUACGCGAUGCUGCCACUAGGAUUGGGGUUAAGAUGGCUGCAGAGAAUCUCCGCAAAUUAGCAAUGGAAGGACCAUAUCGUCCUGCUUCUAUCUUGCACACCGAAAAUCGGUUCUUGUACCCAACGGAAGACAUGGCGAUUGUCGGUAUCUGCUGUACAGCCGACGGCAAGGACGCCACGUAUUUAGCUUCAGUGACGGAACGGGGCGAGUCCAAUGACUUUCUCGCCGUUCCAUCUGGAACGAAAGUUGAUCAAGGGAAAAUGCGAGAGAAAGUUGUAACGUUUCUUAUGCAAUGUCGCCCCGCUGCAAUUGUUGUAGGAACCUCAGGUGGCUUCGAGAGCAGGCUUCUUACAAGGAAGAUGGGUGAUCUUCUCAAGGAGGCAGAGCAGCGCUGGACUAACCGCUAUAUCCAAGGGGAAGACGAAGACGACGAGGCGUUCGAAAUAAGGCAGGCCGCGUUCAGGCAACUGCAGCCUUCAGCUCAUUUUGACGACCAAGAUGAAGGCGACUGGAAGUGCAACGUAGAUCUUAUCGACGACAGUGUUGCCCAGCUUUUCGGGAGAAGCGUUCGUGGACGGAAAGAGUUUCCCGAUUUCGCCGUCAAUUUGAAAUGCGCAAUAGCAGUUGCGCGAUAUGCUCAAGAUCCGUUGGGUGAACUUACUUAUGCUUGGAGCGUUGCUAGUGACGCAGGAGCCUUCGGAACAGAGAUGCUGUACCUGAAUAUCCAUCCGAUGCAGCAGCUUCUGCCGAGAACCCGACUUCUUCGAGAGUAUGAGCGUAUCUUAUGUGAUGUGACGGCUGAAGUCGGCACAGACAUUAAUUCUGCCUGUACUUUCGAUCACCUCCGUGGGUUGCUGGUAUUCGUCGCAGGAAUGGGUCCCCGCAAGGCCGCAAAUUUAAAGCAAACUCUAUCGCAGCUCGGAAGUGCACUCUCCAGACGUCGCGAUCUUCUGGAGAAUAGAAUGAUAGGCCCUGUUGUUUACAAUAAUUUGGUUGCGUUUCUUCGCAUUCGCCGAGUGGAUCAGCUUGUUGAGCAAUUUCUUCAUCCGCUCGACGAUACAAGACUACAUCCUGAUGUUUACCUUCGACAUAAUUGGGCAAUCAAAAUUGCUUUCGAUGCUCUAGAACGCGAAGACUCGAAAACGAAAGACGCAGCGUCCAUCAAAGCACUCCGUGACGUCAUGGAAAAUUCUCAUCAUGAAGUUGAGCGGCUUUUUAUGGCCACGAAGUCUGAAUGGGAGAUGAAUUAUGGAUUAACAUUCAACAUCAAGGAUUGGGACCCCAGAGUGAACGUUCCAAAAGAUAUGUGGCGUGAUAAAGUGGAAGAACUUGACCUCGAGGCGUUCGCAAACAUGAUCGAGGACACAAAGCUCGGAAGAUGGCACUCUCAUCUUGAAAUGAUUAAGUGGGAGUUUCGACUUCCAUACGUCGACCCGAGAAAGCCGAUGGAGCCUGUAUCUAGCGAUCGUCUGUUCAGUCUAAUCACAGGGGAGUCGGACCAGUCACUGCGGCCUGGAAAGGAGGUGACUGGGAAAGUCGUACGCAAUGGAGAUUUUGGAUCACGUGUCAAACUCGAAGGAGAAAUCCCUGCCUUCAUUCCUCUACGAAAUCUCUCGGAUGAGCAUGUAGAAACUGCCGAAGAUAUCGUGGCAGCGGGCCAAAUCGUGACUGCGGUUAUUACAAUGGUAAAGAAGGAACAUAUGACUGUCGAUAUGAGUCUCAAAAUGGAAGAUUUCCGGAAGAAUCCUAGUUCUUGGGAGCGACCGCUGUCACUUCCUCCCAUCGACGUUCAUUUCGAUCUAGUUGCCGCGGCGAAAAUUGAGGAAGACAACAACAAAAGGCGCGAGGCGCAUUUGGAGGCCUUGCAGCUUAGCCUGGGCACGAAAGGCGCUGACGGUGAAGAAGGCACUGGCCAAAGAAAGAGAAUAGGUAGAGUCGCUCGCCGCGCAUGUACACACCCUGCAUUUAGGAACGCCAAGACGGACGAGAUUACUCGUGAAUUGAAGGAAGGUGGUGCGGCAAUGGUUGGCGAAGCGCUCAUACGUCCCAGCAGCAAAAACAGCGAUGCGCUUGCCAUUCAUUGGGUGGUGAAGGAAGGGAGUAUCAAAGUCGUGGAGGUGAUUGAAGAAGACAAGGAAACGGAAGCAAGCAUAGGAAACACGCUGAAGGUGAAAUCUCAAUCAUAUGGGAGUAUCGAUGAAUUGCUUGGGCGCUAUAUUGCUCCGAUGAAUGAUUUUGUUGAGGAACUUGUCAAUCAUCGUAAAUUCUUGGAUAUUCCGGAAGACGAGCUUGACGCAAAGCUUGUUGCGGAGAAGAAAGAAAAUCCGAAAUCGAUUCCUUACUCAGCAUGCUGGAUGGAAAACCAUGCCGGGUAUGCUUCUCUUCGCUUUGUUUCCAGUACAAACGCACGAAGCCACCCGAUCGGAAUUUCCCCUACUGGCUAUACCUGGGGAUCAAAUACCUUUCCCAGCCUAGAUAGACUAAUCAACGCAUUCAAGAAGAACCCGAGAGGGGCGGUCAAAAGCAAGCCUCCAAUUUCCACACCGGCGACCACUGCACCCAGCGUUGCUCCUUCAAAGCCACCCCCUCCGAGAGGACGGUGGGGCGACAAGGCAGCAGCACCGCCACCACCCGCUCCUUACGGAAAUCAUGUUCUGCCCCCUAUGGCUCCCCUGCAACCAUCAACCAAUGGGUGGGGCGCGCCUUCGGCACCGAUUACGGGUUGGUCGCAGCCGCCAUCCCUACCGCCGCCGCCGGUGUAUACCCAUUCGGCUCCUCCCCAACGGCCACCACCACCGCCGCCCCCACCGAGUCUGCCGCCGCCGCCAUCUUAUACACAGCCCCAGCUGCCGCCUGCCCCACCAGUUCCGUUACCUUUGCCACCGCCGCCGCGUUGCCUUUGACGAUAUUUCCCCACCGUCUGGUCAGGGUCGUGGUCGAGGGCGGACACUCCCGGCCUGGAUGCAAAAAAGCUAAAAAACGUUUUUCUUGGGAACUUGACCUAGACUUCCGGAGCAGUUGUCAUUAGCAAGUGAACU